AUUUGUGGUUCUCCUCCAAGAUUGAGUUUUGCUGAGCUGUCUGGGCCAGUGAACAAUUCCUAUCCUGUUGGAACCAAACUGAAAUACUCCUGUCGCCCAGGAUACAUGUUUGGCUCUGGAAAGUCUCCUUAUGUAACAUGUCUUGCAAAUUCAACAUGGUCAGUAGACCCUGAGUUUUGUGUAGGAAGACCAUGUAAACAACUAGAACUAGAAAAUGGCAGGGUUCAUUUCACGGAUCUCCGGUUUGGUGCAACAGCAAACUUCUCCUGUAAUGAAGGGUACAGAUUAAAUGGACCAACUUCUGCCAAAUGUGUGGUUGUGGGAAAUGGAGUUGAUUGGGAUAAGGAGCUUCCACUUUGCGAAGCAAUACCUUGUCCUCCACCUCCUGAUGUCACCAAUGGAUCCCAUACUGGUCAGAGUGAACAAGAGUUUCCCUAUGGCUCAGCAGUAACUUACAAAUGUGACCAGGGCUUCUCUCUUAUUGGAGAGGCCUCCAUUCAUUGUACAACAAAAGAUAAUGUCAAUGGAGAGUGGAGUGGGCCUGCCCCUGAAUGCAAAGUGGUCAAGUGUCCAGAGCCAGAAGUCAAAAAUGGAAAAAAGCAAUCUGGGUUUGGACCUGACUAUUCAUAUGGAAAUACCGUAAUAUUUGAAUGUGAUUCUGGCUACACUAUGAUUGGUAGCAGUUCAGUUAAAUGUGAAGCUAACAAUUCAUGGGUUCCAUCUUUGCCCAGCUGUAUACGUAAGCAUAACACAUACUACACCUACAACACCUACUACACCUACAACUUCCCCUCCAGGAGGAACAAAAGAUACUUCUGA